AUAAUAUGAUCUCUCUGAAACAUUAUUUUUGUCUUUAACAUUUUGUAUUGACUUGGCCAUCUCAUUCCAACAAAGUCACAACUCAUCACUCCAUACAUUAUACUUCCAUAUAAACCAUUCGCUUCCACUUUCACAAUCACUCUUCAGAGAUUAAGUAAACAACCUAGCAAUGGCUAUCACCCGUCUAACUCUAGCUCCUCUCCUCCUCAUCGCCGCGGUGCUUCUCUCAACGGAGACAUCUGCUCAGCCGGCAGCACCAGCUCCAGGCCCUGCUGGUCCUAUCAACCUCACGGCAAUCCUCGAAAAAGGCGGUCAAUUCACUACUUUCAUGCAUCUUUUGAAAAUCACUCAAAUCGGUAGCCAAGUGGACAUUCAAGUCAACAGUUCAUCCGAAGGCAUGACCGUGUUCGCUCCAACGGACAAUGCUUUUCAAAACCUCAAAGCCGGAACUCUUAACAAGUUGAGCGCAGACGAACAAGUCAAACUCAUUCUCUACCACGUCAGUCCCAAAUUCUACACUUUGGACGAUCUCCUCUCCGUAAGUAACCCGGUUAGGACUCAAGCUUCCGGCCGUGACAACGGUGUUUACGGACUUAACUUCACCGGUGAAGCUAACCAAGUCAAUGUCUCAACCGGUUACGUGGAGACACGUGUCAGCAAUGCGUUGAGAUCACAGCGUCCUCUCGCGGUGUAUGUUGUCGACAUGGUUUUGUUGCCUGGUGAGAUGUUCGGAGAGCACAAGCUUUCCCCGAUCGCUCCUGCCCCUAAAUCUCCGACCACUGGGGUUUCCGAUGACAACACCAACUCCACUAAAAAGGCUCCUGCGUCGGCAGAUAAGUCAGCAUCUGGUGAGAGGAGAGUUGGACUAGGGUUUGGUUUUGGACUUGUUGUCUUGUGUUUGAAGUUUAUCUUCUGAAUAUAAUUGUGAUCGUUGCAUUGUAUUUGUUUCUGAUGAUUCUAUCCGGUUUGGGUUAUGAAAUUUGUUCAUUAAAUUCCAUGAAAUGAAAUGUGAGAUUAUUGAUCUA